AAAAAGAUGUAUCACAAGCAAAAUUCCUUGGAGUUGAUGUGAGCUCUCAUUUGAUUCCGAUUAUGCAGAAGAUAUGGGAUAAGUACGGGAACAUUUUAGAAGGGCAUGCUGUGAACAGUGGAAGUCUUCUUACUUGGGCCUUAGAAUCUCUAGCUAAGAUGGUUGUUUUUCUUGAGAACAAUGAAGGAAGGUCAUUAGAUAAAUCUGAAGCUAAUUACCUCAACUCAGUCCUACUUGACCUUCGACUGAUGCACUUUAAAUUAGAUUGGCUAAUGCCCUCAGUAGAGAGAGUUUUGGCACCUCACAAAAACAAGUUAUGUAUGGAUCUUGAAAUGACGAAUCUCAAGUUCCAAACAGAGUUUCAUUGGACGGAAGAGACAUUGGCUGAACAAACAAAGCUUGUUUCAGAGAACCAAAUGGGCUCAGCUGAAGGACCAUGCCCACUCCUCAACCUCCUCAGCUUCAUGGACAAGCACUAGCUGUCAAGAAUAAAAAGUCAAGCUGAUCAGGCAGCACUUUUGGAGAUGCAUCAUCAGUUUAAGUUGUAAAGUAAUGGUUCUGUAAUCCAUACAGUUUUUUAGAGUAAUGAUGCUCAAGUCUUUAGGAUUCGAAAAUAGCCACUCGUAGUUGCAGGAUUAAUAGGACCUCUUUUGCAGGAUAAGUCUUUUGAUACAAAUUGACUGGUCUAGUUCUAUCUUCCUUUUGUGAAGUGACUGUUAUGUAAUAUAUUUGACUUUGAGCCAAUACAGCUUGAUGGUAUCUCGCCCC